UGAGUUGCCCUUCUAGGGGCAUCAAGGAAUCGUAUCUUCAUCUAUUCUGUGGAGUGUCCCUUCGUUGUAACAGCUUCGGAGGUGAUGCUCCACAAGAACACAAGGAUUCAUCAUCUCCUCUCCUCUUUUAUCCUUCCAUUGGCAACUUAGUAAUGGUACCAGAUUAUGAAUAUCUCAAAUCCACAUAUGUGGAACCAAAUCUUGACUUCACAUAUAUCAAUUAGCUGUCUUUUUGCUGCUAUCUUUCCCUCUUUUCCAUACUUCUCUUAUCGAUAUCAUACCACACUCUUUUCUCUUUCUAUCUCCCAGCCCAUCCCACCCUUCUCUAUUUUGAAAAACUGCUGGUAUUUAUUGACCAGCCACACUGCCAACAGUACUGUUCUCUCCAUGCAGUUCUUGAUUCCCAAUCCAAUACCGAAUCCCAAAAUCCUUCGUUUAUUUUUAGUUUCCCCCUUUAAAAUGAAGAGCCAAAACCAAGAAACAACAUCGCCAACCCAUAAUUCACUACAAUAGUCUCUUUUGGCUCCAAGACUUGAAACCGAAGAGGAGGAAAAGUUUAUUAGUAGUUGUGAUAGCUUAAGUUCAAGCAAUAGCAUGGCUUACAACGUUUCAUCACCAUCAUCUUCAACUCUCAAUGGUGAGUAUAUCGGUAUAGAGAGUUGUCUUGAUCUCAAGAACAACGAAGAUAUUUUCGCAUCAUCAUCAAAGAAAGAAGAGACUAAUUACGGGAGUUGUAAUCGUGAAAAGAGAGAUCAACGGUGGGCUAAGAAAAAGGAGUUUCCACCACCAAUACCAUUGUUAGCUCGUACGGAAAAUUUGCCUUCUCAUAUGCCUUGGGUUUUAAAGAGGUACUACACAAGUGAUGGAAGGUUGAUACUUAGAGAAGAGAAGGUCAGGCAUCAUGAGUACUUUCGGGCUCACAGAUGCAAUGGACGCCUCACCUUGCAUCUUGUUCCUUUAGAUGAUGAAGUUUCGGCCCUUCCUUUUGUUUUUAAUCAUGAGAGACGCCAUGGCAUUGAGAAUGAUCUGGAGUGCAAUGAUAUUGAAGAAGAUGAGCAAGUACUCGAGCAAGAACACGAAGAAGAGCAGGAAGAAAAUGAAAGCCUGGUGGAAGAAAGUACAGAUGUGGAAGUAAAUGGCAAUGAUGGUGAAAAUGAUUAUUGUGUUAAGAAUGUUGAUAGUGAUGACACACUAGAGGAGAAGGAGGAAGUUGUGCAUGAUGAUAAAAGAGUUCCUUCUGUGGAUACUUCCGGUAGUGCAGGCAAAUGCUUGAACUACAGCAGUGUGAGAACAAGCUCCACUUGUAUAUUCGGGGUGCCUGUACCAGCAGUAAGGCCAGUUCAUAGUUAGACAUAAAAAGAAAAAAGAAAAAAGAAUUGAAUUCCAUUUUGAGUUUUGAUGGGUCUUUUUUUAUUGAUAGAUUAAGUUGUUACCUCUAAUGUCUUUUACGGAGAAUGAGAUGGAUGAUGUAUUCUUAUUCUUAUCAAUUUUCAGGUUCAUAAGAGAAGAGGUUUUUCAUUUUGAAGUUGAGUUUUGUAUUCCAGAGGUACUGAGUUUCAUGAUUC